AUGACUUACGACUAUACCGUCCCAUCUGAAACCGUGAACGGCGCAACUCACCAGGAUUUCACCGGUAGAAACCCUGCUAAUCCUACAGAUUGGGAACUCUUCAUCGGUCGGGUCAUCGUAGGUCUCUGGAGCCUUUUCAUGCUCCUUGUUCGUACGUUCAAAGGAAUUUUGAAGCUUGUGUGGAAGGUCAUGAAGUGGACUGCAGUAUUUUGGUUCUCCUUCUUCCUGUUUGCCUGGGUCACCGAAAUCAUAGGUCUCAUUCUCUUCGGGCCGUUUGAUAUUGAAACCACCUGGGAUAUAGGGUAUCCUCGAUCCAUGCAACAACGCACUUCUAAUGCUUAUUUCAUACUAACCUGGCAGCCAACCUGGUGA